AUGCCGGACUUCUCAGACAAUCUCAAGCCAGCUUCUCCACCAGGUCUGGAAAUCCUCGCCAAGGAACGGAAUCAAUCAGAUGUGCCCAUCGAGGAGCUAGCAGAGCAUCUGCUCAGUCGCAAUGGGUUUCUGAAACGCCAAGAACGCAUCCUCCCCAUUCUCGAGAAGGACAAAUUGUUCAGCAAGACCAAGCAAUUCAAUCUCUCGAGACCUGAACGCUAUCACCUCGGUCUGGCUCGGGCGAAGAAAUUGAGACGAUAUAAAGACCAAUAUGGCUGGGAUGAAAACGAUCACGGCAUGGCAGUGUACCUGUGUGACGAUGUCAGUCCUUACAUGGUGCACGAGAACAUGUUUCCGACGACAGUGAGAGAGCAGGGCGAUGAGGAACAAAGGAAGUACUGGUUGCCGAGGAUUGAAGCCUGGGAGGUCAUCGGAUGCUACGCCCAAACCGAACUUGGACAUGGAAGCAAUGUCCGUGGCUUGGAAUGCCGCGCCACCUGGAAUCCUAGCGAGAGAAACUUCGUCAUCCACAGUCCGACUCUGACUGCGAGUAAGUGGUGGAAUGGCUCCAUGGGACGGACGGCUAACCAUGCCAUUGUGGUUGCUCAGUUGCAUGUGCCCAAGUCACAGGAUUCGAAGGAGCUUGUUAACCAUGGGCCUCAUCCGUUCAUUGUCCAGAUUCGGGAUUUGAAGACGCAUAAGCCGCUGCCCGGGGUGAUUGUGGGUGAUAUUGGACCGAAGUACGGCUAUGCACCUAUGGACAACGGAUACUUGCUGUUUGACAACUUCGUGGUGCCGCACAAAGCCAUGCUUUCGAACUAUUCGAGGGUUGAUCCGAACACUUGCACCUAUACUAAGCCCGCUAAUCCGUAAGUCGAUGUCACGAAGAUUUAUUUGGGAGAUGGGUUGAGUUUAGCUGACUCUGCUUGCAGUGCCGUGGUGUACGGAAGCCUCACAGCUGUAAGAGCAAGCAUCAUCAUGCACGCACGAUUGAUUAUCGCCCGAGCAGUUACAAUCGCGGUGCGAUACGCAUCAAUCAGGAAGCAGUUCCAGGACAGAGACAGCAGAGACAAGAAUACGCCUGAAAUGUCGGUGUUGGACUAUCCCACCGUUCAGAUUCGGAUCCUACCUUUACUGGCGACCGCGUACGCACUGCAUUAUACGGGUGAGGCCAUGCACAACCUGUAUUCAAGCACACGGGCGAAAAUCGACCAGGGCGACUUCAGCAAGUUGGCCAUUCUGCAUGCACAAUCGUCCGGGCUCAAGAGUCUCUGUACCGAACUAGCCGCCAACAGCAUCGAGACAUGUCGAAGGGCGAUGGGAGGACAUGGCUUCAUGGCAUCCAGUGGCUUCAUUCAGCUGAACAAUGACUACUUGUCGAAGCCCACAGUCGAAGGAGACAACUGGAUGAUUACUCAACAGACCGCUAGCUACCUGCUCAAGCGCAUGGAAGCUGCUGUAGCUCGGAAGGGCCAAGCUCAAGACGACAUGGAGCAGUCGUGUAGAGAUUGGCUUCAGAACGAGCAUCAAAAGCGACCUUCUCCCUUCCGAAUUUACGACAGUGACGACAAUCUCGUCAAGGCCUUCACCCGUCGUUCCCGCGAUCUCACCCAUCGCGCGUACGUCGAACGUACCGAAAAGAAGCGCAGCUGGAACGAAAUGCUGCUCCAGCUGCGAAAGAUCAGCAUCGCGGAAUCGCAGGCAAUCUUGGUCUCGAAUUUCUACGAUGCCAUUUCGAAUUCCACGCUCUCUUCGACACUGAAGAGCCAUCUUCAGCUGCAAUUCCGCCUUUUCGCCCUGUUCACGAUGGACAACGAUGCUCGAGACUUCGUGAAAGCUCAUGCCGUCUCCGAUGAGGAUCUCGACUCUCUCCCCGCAAAGAUACAGGAACUCAUGGCUCGUAUUAGGCCUCACGCCGUUCGUCUCGUCGACGCUUGGAAAGUGCCCGAUUUCUUGCUCGAUAGCGCUCUUGGGAGAUCGGAUGGCAGAGUGUAUGAGGACUUGUUCCAUCGGGCGCAUAGGCUCAAUCCGUUGAACGAGAUCACGUUUGAUCCUUACUAUCAGAAUGAGGAGAUUGUCAAGGGAGAGGGAGGAAGUAUGAGAAACAUCUUGGCCAAACUUUGA